AAAUCUGUGUGGACCUGAUUUCAUGUGCUGAAUUGUUUUGUGGAGGAAGUGUCAGAGAAUGGAGGCAUGACGGAUUCUGUGGCAUCCAGACCUUCUCGGGUCAUUCCCCGUAUGCCAAGCAAGAGACCGAGGCCAGGAAAAUUCAUCACCCUCGAUGAAGCAGUGAGAUGUAAUGACCAAGGGGCUUAUGCCCUUGAGCCAGAUGGCCCAGCCCUUUACCCCAGCCCGCUGCCGCUUGGGGGCAUGGCCCGCACAUUGCUUAACCUCUCCAUGCUGCCAUUUUCUCAUCUGUAAAAUGGGAGUGCAAACUGCCUCAGGAUUAUUGAGAAAGUUAAGCUAGUGAUUAUGUAACCUGCUUAGAACAAUGCCUGGCACACUGUUUUGUGUAUGAUAAAUUUAUUAAUAUUAUCAACAUCAUCUUUAUUUCCAGGCAUUAUUACUUAAGCCGUGGCGUAGCUUUUCCCAUUUGAAAUAGGCUAGUGUUUUGUUUUGUUUUGUUUUGUUUUGUUCUAAUACGGAGAACCAUUUAGAAAGUCUAAAGUCCAGUGAAAAUACCAGUGGGUUCGCUUAACUCAGGUUAGCUUGGUAUGCUUCUCUGACCUGGCCCUGGCUCGGGAGUACGCGUUUUCUGAAUCUUACAGGACCUGCCUGACAUGCAAGAGCUCAUCACUCAAGUGUGGUCAGAGAAGUGCUCCCUGCAGGCCGCAGCCAUCCUCGAUGCAAAUGAUGCUCACCAAACAGAGACCUCCUCCUCCCAAGUCAAGGACAAUAAGCCUCUGGUUGAACGGUUUGAGACAUUCUGCCUGGACCCUUCCCUUGUCACCAAGCAAGCCAACCUCGUGCACUUCCCACCAGGCUUCCAGCCCAUCCCCUGCAAGCCUUUGUUCUUUGACCUGGCCCUCAACCAUGUGGCUUUCCCACCCCUUGAGGACAAGUUGGAACAGAAGACCAAGAGUGGCCUCACUGGAUACAUCAAGGGCAUCUUUGGAUUCAGGAGCUAACCAGGCUCUUCCUUGGGGGCAGGGGAGAUUCUGACUGUUAAUCUGUAUUGUGAGAAAAUCCCAGCAAGUUCCAUGAUAUUAAAUCCAGGUCUGCAUUGGCCUGGGGCAAGAGUUUAACAUCUUCAGCCCUGCAUUCCUACAGCCUGUGUCUGUACACAUUCUUAAGCAGUGAGUUAGGAGAGCA